GGGCCGCCGGGUGCACGUCCGCCCGGCGCGCCGCCAGCAUGGACCUCUGGCCUUGGCUGAGCGCGGCGCUGCUGCUGCUGCUGCUGCUCGUGCAGCUGAGCCGCUCGGCCAAGUUCUACGCCAAGAUCAGCCUGUACUGCGCGCUCUGCUUGGGCGUCUCCACCGUGGCCUCGGUGAUCUGCCUGCUGCGCCACGGCGGCCGCACGGUGGAGAACAUGAGAAUCAUCAGCUGGUUUGUACGCUCCUUCAAGUACCUGUACGGCCUGCGCUUUGAGGUCCACGGCCUCGAGAAGCUGGAGGCGGACCAGCCCUGUGUCAUCAUCUCCAACCACCAAAGCAUCCUGGAUAUGAUGGGCCUCAUGGAGACCCUCCCCAAGCGCUGCGUGCAGAUAGCCAAGCGGGAGCUGCUGUUCCUGGGCCCCGUGGGCCUCAUCAUGUACCUAGGGGGUGUCUUCUUCAUCAACCGGCAGCACUCCAGCACUGCGGUGACCGUGAUGGCAGAAGUGGGCGACCGCAUGGUCAGGGAGAACCUCAAAGUGUGGAUCUACCCUGAGGGCACACGCAACAGCAAUGGGGACCUGCUGCCCUUCAAGAAGGGUGCCUUCUACCUGGCUAUCCAGGCCCAGGUGCCCAUCAUUCCUGUGGUCUACUCCUCCUUCUCCUCCUUCUACAACCCAGAGACAAAGCUCUUCACCUCAGGAACAAUCAAGGUGGAGGUGCUGGAUGCUAUCCCCACCAGCGGCCUCACCGUGGCCGACGUCCCCAGGCUCAUGGACACCUGCCACCGGGACAUGAGGAGCACCUUCUUCCGUGUGUCCAAGAUGCCCCAGGAGAACGGGGCAAGUGGGGGGCUGCAAGCCCUGCCAGCCCAGUAGCCAAGGCCAUGGGCUGCGGGUGAGCAGGAUGGGUGGGGGCUGGCCAGAACAUGGACAGGGGACGCCCAGGCUGCCAAAUAUCACUGUCUGUUCCCUAGCUCCCGGCUGUCAUUCCGGCCUUGGGCAUGGGGUGGCCCCUCCUGUCUCUGGCCUUGGGUUGAGACCCCUGACUUCCCUCAGUGGGAGACUAGGCCGAGCCCUUCCCAGCACUGAGGGCAGGGACCCCCAGACCUCCUGGGCCCUAAGGAGUAAGCAUACUCCAGGCUGAGUGGGCCAUCUGGUGGCCGACUGGAGCUGAGCUAUCAGCCUCAAGCCUUGGGACCAGCCUGUGUGAGCACACUUCCUGGCAGGGGCUCUAGUAGAGCUGUCCUGGGCCCUGCAGUGGCAGAGAGGACAGGCUCCCAGGCCAGGAUGCAACCUGCAUGGGCCCUCCUGGAGGCGACAGGGCUGGGGGCGGGUGGGGCGGGCAGGCCCUGUCUUGUGCUGCCCGGCCAUAGGACACCAAAGAGAAGGGUCUAUGGAUUCAUCCACCAGCCUGGAGGCACACCUGUGGAGUCGGCAUUGCCCUUGGCUGUUAUUUUUUAUAAACCACUCCUGGAAAUGC